AUGCUUCGUGAAGUAAAACCUAAAAAUCCGCGCACGGCGCGCCUUCUCAAGAAGAAGGAACCCCAACUCAUCGAACCCCCCAAGCGCACUCUCCUCCUCCACGGCACAAAAUGUCCCUUACCACUCAACACUUUACUCAAGACAAUCCACGGCCUUACGAACCCGAAUUCGGUCCUUUUCCACAAGAAGAACGACAACGUGCACCCCUUCGAAAGCACAGAGAGCAUCGAAUUCUUGGCCGACAAGAAUGAAUGCGGUAUCGUGGUGUAUGGGAGCAGCAACAAAAAGAGGCCGAAUUGCCUGACUCUUGCACGGAUAUACAACAAAAAAGUGUUGGAGAUGUUUGAGUUAUUGCUCUUACCGCCGGCAGAUGGCGAGCCGAUCCCCGCACCUCAUGCGCUCAAGCUUGAGAUUGAGGUUGGAAUUAAGCCUAUGAUUUUGUUCGCGGGUAGUAUAUGGGAGGAUGCUACAUCCACCAGUUAUGCCAUGGUCAAGAGCGUGUUGUUGGAUAUGUUCAAGGGCGAGGAAACCGACAAAAUCGAUGUGGAGGGGUUGCAGUACUUGAUGAUGGUUGGUGCCGAAGAACCUGCCGAAGCAGGCCUCAUGCCGCUUAUCCAUCUACGAUGGUACAAGAUCCGUACGAGACGCAGUGGCCACAAACUUCCGCGCGUUGAGCUGGAUGAAGUAGGCCCCAAGUUCGAUUUUAGGGUUGGCCGUGUGCGCGACGCGGAUCCGGAUGUUAUGAAGGAAGCUAUGAAACAGGGCAAACGGCCCAAUGAAGAAGGCAGAACGAAGAAGAAUAUUACCAUGGACGCUAUUGGUGACAAGGUUGGUCGUGUGCAUCUCGGUAAACAGGAUCUGUCGAACUUGCAGACGCGUAAGAUGAAGGGUCUCAAGAGGAGGGCUGGCGUGGAUACGGAUUCUGAGGAUGAGGGAGAGGAUGAGGAUGACGCAUCGAAUUAUGGAUCGGACAACAGUGAGGAUAUUGCGUUUGUGGAUGAAGAUGCGCCGUCGGAUGUGGAUAUGAUGGAUGUUGAUGAUGAGAAAAGUCGUUCGAAAAAGCAGAGAUUGGCUUGA